AUGAGCCUGGAGCCCGCUGGAGAGUCCCGGGAGUGGAUGGAGAAACGGCUCGAAGUCGCGAUCACGGAGCAGCGCUCGGAGAUUUCCCGUCGCUUCGCUGGCUUUGAGCAAGCCGACAAGCAUUUCAAGGACUGGGUGCAGCGGGAGCAUGAGCAGCUGCACGCUCAGCUCCAGCAGGUCCGCUCUGCCGGGCACGAGAGCGGUCAGCAGCAGCAACGACUUGUUGGGGCCCUCACAGCACAGAACCAGAAGCAGGACAUGCGCUUGCAGGAGCUCGAAGCGGGCUUGGCGCAAGCAGCAGCACAGGUGCAGGGCGUCAUGAAUGCACCUUGGGGACAAGAUGAGCCCUAG